CACCGAUCAACGCCUCAGCAGUGCCACCUGUCAGUGCCCAUCAAUGCCAGGUGUCAGUGCUCACCAAUGCCACCUGCCAGUGCCCAUCAGUGCCUCAUCAAUGCCACAUAUCAGUGCCUACCAGUGCACAUCAAUGCCACAUAUCAGUGCCCAUCUAAGCUGGCUUUCAGUGUCACCUAUCAGUGCCAGUCAGUUCCACCUAUCAAUGCCAAUCAGUGCCACCUAUCAGUGCUGCCAAUCAGUGCCACCUACCUUUGCCAGUCAGUGCUGCCUAUCAGUGCGCAUCAGUGCUACCUAUCAG